AUGUGUUGCAACUACUAUGGCAACUCCUGUGGCUACGGCUGUGGAUACGGCUCUGGCUACGGCUGUGGAUACGGCUCUGGCUAUGGCUGUGGAUAUGGCUCCGGCUGUGGCUGUGGAUACAGCUCUGGCUAUGGCUGUGGAUACGGCUCCGGCUAUGGCUGUGGCUAUGGAUGUGGCUAUGGCUCUGGCUCUGGCUGUGGAUAUGGCUCCCGUUAUGGCUGUGGCUAUGGAUCUGGCUAUGGCUGUGGUUCUGGCUCUGGCUUUGGCUACUGUGGCUACCGGCCAUUCUGCUACAGAAGAUGCUAUUCUUCUUGCUGCUGA